UGAAAAAAACAACGAUCGUGCCCAUUUUAAACAGACUGAAACGCGUAAUAAUCUCGGUUUGUUAAACUACAGACAGGCUGUGAGGUCAUGGCUGGGUUAUAAAAUUAAUCCUGGGAUCGCUGUAUCGUCAUAGCUGUAAGAAGUUGUCCAGCUGGAAAGUUGCAGGGCGUGUUCUUCCCCGAGAGGGUGAGAAAGUUUCAGUUUUGCUGGUCGUCAUGUCCGUUAAUAAUAGCGGCAGCAGCCUUGUCCUCAUGCAGAAAGUCGUGAAGCAGCUCCGGGUAGAAGCCGCGGCGCGAAGGAUUAAGGUAUCCCAGGCGGCGACGGAGCUGCAGAAUUUCUGCCUCCAGAAUGCCCACAAAGACCCUCUGCUGAUGGGGGUCCCCUCCAGCGAGAACCCCUUCCGCCCCCCCAAGUCCUGUUCCGUGCUGUGAGAUUAAUCUAACAGUGAAGCAGAGAGGCUGUGUGAUUCAAGACCCCAAGAAUUAACAUGACGACGACCAGGAACUGCAUCACUCACACUCACUCAUGCACACUGCACUCACACACAUCGCACAUUCACUCAUGCACACUACACUCACACACACAAACACACACUCACUCAAUCACUCGUGCACACCACACACACACACACACCUCAUUCCCCACACCAGAAACCAGUGUGUACUGGGAACGCCCUCUCGGACGGCCUGGCUCCCAGUAUCAAGCACAGGGACUCCUGGUGUCUGUGGAGGAGCUGCUUCCUCUGCUGCUGAAUGAAUAUGUGGUUUGAAGGGAAAAAUCUCAACAUGCUGCAACAAGGAGCUUCAACAACGACCAGUGAGACAAGCGCGCCUCUAACUGAGCAGGACUGUGUGUCUGUAACCCUGAGAGGAUAUUCACACACGCAACACAUGUAACACACGUGUGAUCCGUGCCGCUGUGAAACUGGAGAUUGCAGUGUUAAUAAGCAUUGCCCAGCUUGUGCAGACUGCAGUGUUAAUAAGCAUUGCCCAGCUUGUGCAGACUGCAGUGUUAAUAAGCAUUGCCCAGCUUGUGCAGACUGCAGUGUUAAUAAGCAUUGCCCAGCUUG